UUUAACUGUAAAAUAAGACCCUUCUUCCCCAAGAAACUUCACACUGGUGAUUCACUGGUUUUCAAAAUUAUCCAAAACAAUGGCUUCCUCCUCCUGCCUGCUCCGCCUCGCAAGCUCCAUCGUCGCCUCACUCCCAAACUUUACAUUCGAUUUACAGUUUGUAAUGGUUCAAGCGGAAACCGGAGUCCCAUCAGCACUCUUCACCAAGGUUAAAGACGAAGAGCUGACCGUACAAAUGCCGGGACUGAAGCAGACGGAGACCGAAGAAGGCGUAUGGGUAUCCUUUGAGAUCAAUGUACCUGCCGGCAACAAUCAACGUCCCGGAAUGAGGAUAGGUUUCGAAGGCUUCAAUUUCUUCUUCCAACUCCAAACGCCCGAAACAGUCUACCUCGCAAGCAUCAAGCUCCCGGAGAAGUUUAACCCACACGCUGAUUUGAAAAUAACGAUUGGAGAUGGUGUUUGCUCUGUCUGCCUUCCCACUCAGAAAACCGUUGAUCCCUUCUUGGCUAAGGCUAACAUCAACCGCAACCUCAUUCGCCCCACCCCCUACUGUGAGAUGUUUGAUCGGUCAGAGCUAGGACGGAUGCUUUGCGAAGUGAUAGCGCACCCGGGGGUGAAGAGUAAGUCGUUCACAGCGUAUAAGAAGGAUACGGGUGAUAGUAUCUACAUGAAGGGGAAUUUGGCUGGGGUGAAGAUGCUGGUGAUAAGGGAGGGACUCUGUGUGUGGUUAAGCAUGCCCGGGUUUGAGUUAAAGGAUGUGGAGGCCGGGUUUGAGUCGGACACGCUGAUUGUUGAAGGGAAAAGAGAGGGGGAGCACUACAUUGCGGGGGUGCGGGUGCCGGAGGGAUUCUGUAAGGAGAAAGAUGUGAUGAAGAGAGAGAUGCAAGAUGGAGUGUUUAAGGCUACUCUUCCCCGUGUUGGUUAAAACCGGGCUGUGUUCAGUGUGUAUCACUAGAGGAUCGUUAGAUGAUUAACGGAUUACAUGUUAAUGUUAGCUCUAAAUCUGAGAAACUAUGACUUAAGUAGCUUGGUAGGAAUUAAAUCAAAGUGGCCCUCCUUAACUUUUCUUGUGAUUUGUAAGGGUUAUUACUUAGUCUUUUGUUGCACUAACUAAUGGAUGAUUGAUUAUAUAUGAAUGAAUGAAGUGGCUUAUUAUUUAUGUA